AUGACUGACGACCGGGAGAAACAACAAGAUGAGGACACCCUACAUCGCGAAGCUGCUCGAAAGGGCCUUCGGAGGACGGGGUCGAGAACGAUGGAAUGGGACACUGAGCAUGAAGACUACCCGCGCAACUGGCCGAUCCAGCGUAAACUCUAUGAUGCCGUCGUCAUGUUUUUCCUCGAGUUCUACACGACUGUCAUCAGUACGACUGGUCCCUCGGCAGCGGAGCCGGCGAUGAAAGAGUAUGGAUUGAGUAGGGUUAUAACGCUGACCGGCUUCCAAUUUAUGUAUGGCGUUGGGCAGGCCCUCGGAGGAUUGACCAUGCCCCCUUUUUCUGAAUCCAUGGGCCGGAAGAAAUCUUAUCUAGUAUCAGCUGGCGCUUACAGCGUCUCGUGUUUGUUAGUCGGCGUUGUCCCAUCCCCAGCCGGCGUGUUCGUCGGCCGUUUCAUCUCGGGGUAUGCUUCUGCCGUGCCGGCCAUUGUACUCGCCGGGAGCAUCGAGGAUUUGUAUUCCACCUGGCCAAGGCUAUGGUUGCUGUGGCUUUGGAAUUGCUCCACCAUUUUUGGCUUGUGUGUCGGCCCAAUGUACGGAUCAUAUAUUGUCAGUGCCAUAGGCUGGCGUUGGGUUUAUUACACUGCCGCCAUUACAUGCGCUGUCCUGUUUGUCCUGCUCCUGUUUAUAUGUGAAAGUCGACCUACCACGCUUCUCUCCAAGCGGUUCGAGCAUCUCCAGUCAAAGGUCGGAAACUUGGACAUGGAUAUCCCUAAUCCGGACCGCAUUGGCAACACGCGAGAGCUCGUCAAAGUCAUCCUGGUGCAACCGGCGCGAUUAGGCGUCACAGAGCCCAUUAUCAUACUGGUCUCAAUCUUGAGCGCUUCAGCAUGGGGGAUGAUGUAUCUCUUCACCGAGUCAUUCACAGUGGUCUAUAGCGAGUUUGGCUGGAGUUCGAGGGCAACCUCCUUACCUUUCAUAGCUCUGCUCCCCGGCAUUCUCGCUAGCGGCUUAGUGCGGUUCUGGGAUCAUCAUCAACUGAACAAAAGGCAGAGGGGAGGAGCCUCUCCCGAGCCGGAGGACAAAAUCGGUGGAUUUGCCAUUGCAGCUCCAGCCCUUGCCAUUGGGCUCUGGAUCUUUGGCUGGACCGUUCCCCCUCUUGUCCACGUGCCGUGGAUCGCGUCCAUGUUCGGCCUGGUGUUGAUUGGGUUUGCGGCAACCGAAUUCUCAUAUACCCUCAGUGGCUACAUCGCCGAUGCAUAUACCAUUUAUGCUUCAACGGGUCUCGCGGUGGUUUCCUUUCUGCGCGGUAUUGCAUCGGCCUGCAUGCCCCUGUUUGCGUAUCCGAUGUAUUCGGGGCUCGGAUCGAAUGUCGCUACCAGCAUCAUCGCCGCUGUGGCCACCGUAUUCGCCUUUACGCCUUUUUUGUUCCUGAAGUUUGGAAAGCAGCUGAGGCAGAAGAGUCGAUUUGCGCGAUACAGUGCCGACGUCAAUGAGCAGCAAGGGGGAAACUGA